AUGGCGUGGCAGUGCACGGGCACGUCCAACGCCAGCCUAGUGGGGAACCUCGCGCGCGAGGACAUCAUCAAGUCGGCGGCCGUCAAGGACGCCUUCCUCAAGGUGGACCGGGCGCACUACGCGCCCUACAGGCCCUACGAAGACUCGCCCCAGCCCAUCGGCCACGGCGCCACCAUCUCGGCGCCACACAUGCACGCCACGGCCGUCCAGCAGCUGCACGACCGCGUGCUGCCGACGACGGCGAACCCGGCCCCCCGCGUGCUCGACGUCGGCUCCGGGUCCGGGUACCUCACGCACAUACUGGCGGAGCUGGCGGGGCCCCGCGGCGUCGUUAUUGGUGUCGAGCACAUUUCCGAGCUGCGCGACCUGGGCGAGGCGAACAUGCGCAAAUCGGCCGAGGGGAGGGCGCUGCUGGAGUCGGGCCGGGCGCGGUUCGUGGUCGGGGAUGGGCGCAAGGGGUGGAAGGAAGGUGGGGAGGAGGAGGAGGGAUGGGACGUGAUCCACGUAGGGGCCAGCGCGCGCGAGAUGCACCCGGAGCUGCUGGCGCAGCUGAGGACGCCGGGGAGGAUGUUUAUUCCAGUCGAUGACGCGCCCGGGUCGCAGAUACAGCACGUCUGGGUCGUGGACAGGGACGCGGGCGGGGUGGUGUCGAGCCGCAAGCUGUUUGGGGUGCGCUACGUGCCGCUGACGGACUCGCCGCCGAGGGUCUGA